GAAAGUUGAAAAACUGCCAGUAAGUCUAUGAGUGUAUAGGCAAUUCGGUUUUGUGAGUGGGACUGUGCAAAUGCAAAACAUUCAAACAAACAACGCCGACCGACGAAGUAAAAAAAAAAAUGUGCUAAUAGUCGGGAAAAAUGGACUAGUUUUUUGCCUCUCUCCGUUGUGCCGUUUAUAAAAAACCGUUGACACUGCAAAAGGAAAUUGGUAAUUGGUUACAAAAUGUUGUAGUGGAAAAAUGUGUGUUUGAUCGUUGAAUCGAGUUAAAGAGAGUGAAAAAAAUUUAUAGGCGGUGGUGCAGUUUGCAUAAUAACAUCGAUUGCAAUCGUUUGGAACCAUUCAGGAAGAAGUUUUUUUUAGGCAUGUCACAUUAUUAUUGGAAAAAAAACCUUCAAAUUGUGAUUAAAAGUAGCAAUUUCAUCGAGAUAUCCCGUAUCACAGAGGACUCCGAGUAUAUAUAUCUCUUGUGUUGUCUAUUUUUAUUGUUCAAACAGAUAGAGUACACUGACAUAUCGUAGGCUACGCUCUGUGUUGAAUGGGUCGUCUCAUACGGAGCGUAGCGCAACACCAAUACAAACACAGUCAAUUGCCUUGUAUGUUGUUUGCAGUGUAGUUUUCGAGUACGCAAACACCAACACCAACGACAUCUACACAUACACGAGACACACACACACACAGAGAGAGAGUCGACAGUAGAAGAAAAAGAAGAAGAAAAAGUAGAAAGAAAAACCCAAACUGUACUGUAUAUGUUAUGUGAGUUGAGGGAAAAAAAAUAGUGAGCAUAAACCCGUAUGCGAGCGAAUCGACUGAAUUAGUGCGAAAUAUGGCGCUCGUCGAAAAUAUGAAAUCGAUGAGAAGUGGCUGUGUGUACAAGAGCACUUGAAAUAUAACUCAAACCCAACAUAACAAAUGCACCACAAACACAAUACUCGCUGCUCGCGUCCACAGAAACAAACGAAAAAUUGAAACGAACCGAAUUUUGUUUUCUCAUUGGAUGGCCAUUUUUCGACAAAUAUAAACAAGAGAAAAAAAAUUAAAUAAAAGAAAAAUAAAGUGCAUAUAGUUUUGACUUGAAAAUCGACUUCAAUGGAGUGACAAAACGGAAGACCUAGACCAAAAAGUUUCGAGAGAAGUGAAAAAAAAUAGCAAGUUGUAUGUGAACUUUUCUUCCAGAGUGUAUAACCAGUCAACGAAAAAAAAAAUCGAUGUCAGUGAAUUAAAGCAAAAAAAAAAAAAUCCACAGCAGCCCAACUAGAUUUGCAGUGUUCAAAAAAAAUCAUUCAUGCAUCAUCAGCCGAAAUAAGGAGAAAAAAAAAAUAUUGAAAGAAAAAAAAAUUGAAGCACGAAAUUCCAUCAAACAUUGAGUGAGUGAGUGAAACAGAAAGAAAGCCAAUUUUUGUUUCUUCUCUUCUUGUUGUUGAUUAAAUACAUUCAUAGAGAACCACAGAGAGCAGCUAAACAAUGGAUGAAAAUAAGAAACGAAAACGUUGUAUUUGAAAAUAGAGAAGAAGAAGAAAAAAAAGAGCAGCAGCAGCAGCAGCAGCAGCAGCAGCAACAGUAAUAGCAAUAAGAAAACAACACGAAACAAAAAAAAAAUCCGUACGUAGUGGGCUAAAGUAAAACUAAUGUGGUUCUGGUUGGCUGACACACGGCUUCUUGUGUACCAAGUGUAUUGUUAGUAAAGUGUGUGGAAUUGUGUGUUGUUCGAGUCUUCUCUUCUGUUGUGUUUUUUUUUCUCCUUCGUCGCCCUGUUGUUGUGUAGUUGAUUUUUUUUUUGGCUUUCUCAUUUCGAGAGCGAAUAAUAUAAACUAAGCUGAUUCGUACUUCUUGCCAUCUACAUCGGUGUUGUUCAUAUUGUUGUUGUUGUUGUUGUGCUGUGUAUUUUCGUCGCCGGGUGAGGCAGCAGGGCCGCUGGCGCAGAGUUUGAAUCACAGGCGUAUAGUGUAAACGUAAUAAAAGCUGAUAUCAAAACGAGGAAUAGAAAUAGAAGACGAGAAUAUCAACAAAGUGGAGUAAAUCAGAAAGCAACGAGGAGUAAAUCGGGAGAACCCUGGGAGAAAAUCUGGGAGUAAAAGAGAAAGAAAAUCGAAAGCAAGUGAAGAAUCGAAGCAGAAGAAGAGAACGAAAUAGAAAGAAAAGGAGAGACAGAGACGGAACAAGAGAGAGUUAUCAAAAGAGAGCCAGCCAGACCGAACGAGAGAAUCGAAUUCAAGUGACGUGAUAUUGGCGUAAGGUGCGUGACGACGAAAUGUCGCACGGUGCUGGUGCCGCUGGUACAACGACCGAAUUUCGUGAAUAUCAGUGGGCUUAUAGCGUAAUGGAUUCAUCGCGUGUAUCCACCUGUCUGAUUUCGAUGCUACUCAUUGUCUACGGCAGUUUUCGGAGCCUGAACAUGGAGCAGGAGCAACGUGAACGGGAAAAGAAACGACAAAAUGACAGCAUGAACAAUUUAUUAACCGGUGAACCAGUGCAACAAGAACAAAAUUCUCGUAUGUUUUUUUCUGCAGAUAAAUUCGCCACAUUAGACACGAUGCAUGCUCUAUGUCUUCCACUUGGUGCGUCUGUAUCGCUGCUGGUGAUGUUUUUCUUCUUCGAUUCGAUGCAGAUGCUAUUUGCUGUGUGCACUGCAAUUAUAGCAACAGUAGCAUUAGCAUUUUUACUACUUCCCAUGUGUCAGUACAUCAUACGGCCUUGCUCCGAUGGCAAUCGAAUAUCAUUUGGAUUUUGUGGCCGAUUCACAGCUGCCGAACUCUUUAGUUUUUCAUUGGCUGUAUCGAUAGUGUGCAUUUGGGUGCUCACCGGACAUUGGCUCCUUAUGGACGCCAUGGGAAUGGGCUUAUGUGUUGCAUUCAUUGCAUUCGUUCGUUUACCAAGUCUCAAAGUGUCCACACUACUUCUAACCGGAUUGCUGUUGUAUGACGUAUUUUGGGUGUUCUUCUCAUCGUAUAUAUUCAGCACAAAUGUGAUGGUGAAGGUGGCCACACGGCCCGCCGAAAAUCCAGUCGGUUUAGUGGCACGUAAGCUUAAUUUAGGCGCUUAUGUCAAGGAUACACCGAAAUUGAAUUUACCUGGAAAACUGGUGUUUCCAAGCAUACACAACAGUGGACACUUUUCGAUGCUGGGCUUGGGUGAUAUUGUAAUGCCUGGUUUGCUAUUGUGCUUCGUACUGCGAUAUGAUGCAUACAAAAAAUCACAAGGCACAUUGGCCGAUGCUGGUGUACCGGUGCCGAAGGGAGUUGGCUCCAAGCUGACCUAUUUUCAUUGUUCACUAUUAGGAUAUUUUCUUGGCUUGCUAACGGCCACUGUUAGUUCGGAAGUAUUUAAAGCCGCUCAACCAGCAUUAUUGUAUUUGGUGCCGUUCACACUAUUACCUUUGUUAACAAUGGCUUAUUUGAAGGGGGAUUUACGGCGAAUGUGGAGCGAACCAUUUAUCAUUCAACAUGCGUCGAAACAGUUAGAAGUCUGAAUAUUUUUUAAGAGGAUAAAAUUGUUUAGCAAAUGAGCCGAUGGAGUGAAGUGGAAGUGAUUUAUUAAACAAAAACAAACAAAAAAAACAAUUGAGUAAACGCGAGAGGAGAGAACAUAAUUGUAUAUUAUAGCUCCAAAAUGCACGUCUCUAGGCUAAAACGUAAUCUUAAAUUAUAUGUUAUAUGGUCACAAUCAUCAGCAAUACACCCAAGCACACAAGGUCACAAGGUCACAAACUCACCAACCACACUCACACUCACACACACACACCACACAAUCAAACGUCGACGAAAGAACAACACUUAAUUCACAAAUGUCAUCAGCAAAUUAACAUACAUUCAGCAUAAAAUGUAUCCAAUCAGACAUUCAUUGCGUCGUACAUUUCAUGUAAUCAAUUUCACGCGAGCGCGCAGUUCAAUUUUCGCCUAAUGUACGGAUUCCAUUCGCGAUUUUUUUUUCGUUUCUUAUCAAGAAACUCCAUGACAUUUUUAACCACAUCGCAUAUAGAACAUAGUUUGUUUUAUUGUUGCUGAUGUGAUCCAACAUCGCUUCUUUUAACACAAACGCAUUUUAUUCUGCGCAAACUAGAGAUUAUCAAUUGAAUACUGGAGUUUUGACAAACUCUGUAGCAUGUUUUUCAUUUCGUUGUCUUCGGAAAAUCGAUACAAAAUCAAAUGGGCCGAUGUGCAAUUGACAAUUUUCCUUACCAUUGGAAAUCAAUGUUCUUUGCUAAUGGAAAUAAAGUUUCCUUGCUAAAGAAACAUCAUUGAGGUAACGAGAGACCAUAUGAAAAAAAAUCAAAAGUAUCUCUUUCCAGCCUGGCCCAGAUGACUUGGCGGAAAGUCGAGGAAUAUCUAACGCGCGACCCAUUUAAAGUUUUCACAUUUUAAUCAUGAAAUUAUCCGGUUUUUGUUAAGGAAAACGCUACACAAGUGCAAUUUUUUGACCGAAAAAGAUGGAAAAAAGCGAGCAAUUGGAAGGGCAAUUGAAGUGUUGAAUGACUGAUGUCAAUGGUUGACUGCAAUUAAUCGUGAUUGUCAAAAGAAGGAACAACAAAAAUCUUUUGGAACGAAGAAUUUUCGGAACAAAGAACUUUUAGAACGGAGAAAUUUCAAACACAGUGCAACAAAUUGUAAUUUGUACAUUUCCAAACGAAAACAGUGUUGAAAAUUGAAAAAUGUGAAUAAUUUUGGAAAAAUUGUAUCAAUUUCAAGAAAAAUGCCAAAAAAGAACAAAUUUGUAAAAUUUCCUCGAAAAUUCAAGAUUAACAACAAUUAAAAAUGCUCCAUGCUUGAAAAAAUGUAACAAAAUUCGAAGCAAGAAAAGGAAAAUGUGAAAAUCGUUUGAAAUGUUGAACAUUUGUGAAAAUCUGUGAAUAUUCUGAAAUUGAAUGGAAAUUUGAAAAUUUGAAAGAAAAAUGUAAAAUUUUUGCAAAUGUUUCAUGAAUUUGAAAAAGAUGGGAAUGUCCACAAAUGCAUUGAGCCACUCUCCACUAGAAUAAUGCGAGAGAUUCGCGAGUAUAUAUAUCAAAAAAAUUCAUUUUUUUGAAAUGAAUAAAAUUGAAAUAAUUUGGAAAAUUGACACUAGAUCCAAAAGAAAUUCAAAAGCCAGUGACGAUCAAAUUCGAUUCUUUCUUUCUCAUUCGACACUUCUUUCCCUCGAACGCCGGAAAUCGCUGUUCAGCUAAAAAGUCCAGCUAUUUCGUGUGACAAAAAAUCGAAAUGACAAUGCCGCGCGGCAGAUUAUGAAACUGAAACGUUUUAGCACUCAAGCAGAAGAAAUAGUAAAAAAAAACAAGCCGAAAACGCCGAACAAUAUUUUUCAUUCUUCACAGUAAAAGAACGAACAAACUUAAAUGAUAAAGAAAAAAAAAACAACUAAUUAGCUUAAUGUGUAUUAAAUUAAACGUUUUAUAGUGAUAAUGCUAAUAUAUAUUUUUACUGGAUCACACGCUCGCUAUCCAUCUGCUAACCCGUUUCUUUAAUCAUUUUCCAUAGUUUCCUUGAUAUUUUAUUUUGUUUUGAUUUUGAAAAGAAAAAAAUGAAUCCUAUUUAGUGUUUUUUUUUAUAUAUUUCUCGUGUGGAAAAAAAAUAUUUAUAUAUCUGUUGACCAUGUUUUUUUUGUUCCUCGUCCAAUUUAUUUCCUCUUUUUUUUUUCCAAGAAAGCUGUUCUUUUUGGUCCUUUCUAAUUUAGUACACACACAUCCUCUCUCUAUUUAACGAACGAUAAUUUUUAAGAACAAAUUGAAACCAGACAAAAAUCAGAUUUAAUUUCAUUUAUUUAGUUGAAAAGAGAGAAGAAUUAUGGCAUGAAAUCACAAUUUGCAUAUUCAACAGUUGAAAGAUUGGGCAUUCUGGUUGGAAUUAAAUUAAUUCGAUGGAUUGAAAUCAUAAUGACGAUAGAUAUUGAGAUUCGAAACAAUUUUUUAAAGAUCCUUGAACAUUGUACGAAUGUUGCUUCAAAUUGAUUUGAAUUCAAUGAGAGGAAAAUUGAAUACUUUUUCUGCGAUAGCUAAUCCAAUUCCAUAGAAAAAUUAACGAAAAAUGCACUAUCACAACUCAAUAUUUCAUCGCAUUCAGAUCAAUCGAAAGCCAUUCCUUUGUUGUUGUUUUUUUUUUCAAUCGUUAAAUCCAACUCAAUUAUUUGUAUUCAUUUUUAGAGAAAGAAAAACACACACAAAUUCAUCAAAUUUUUAUGAAGUCAAUAAGACCGAUCGAUGACUGCUUGAAUGUACUUUUAUUAUGAAAAUUCGAAUAUUUGAACAAAAAAGAGAACGAAUAUUUUCUAGGUUAAAUUUACUUCAAUUAUUUUCUAAAGAAAAAAAAAACGGAACCGACAAAAAAAGCAUUAAAUUUUAAAUUUAUGCAAUAAAUGUAUUGACAAAGAAUGACAAAUUGUGAGAAAAAUUAAAACAACAAGCAAAUAAAGCGACAAUGGAAGAAAAAUAUAACAAUAA